GGGGGGGGUGUUGGGGGGCCGAAGGUGGGGCCGCACCGGGGCCGGCGGGAGCUGCCCGGGCCGGCCCCGCAGCGUUGGGGGCCCGGAGCCCCUGGGGCGGGCGGCGAGGAGCGGAGGGGAGGGAGGCGGGAGGCCCGGUGUGGCGGGAGGAGCGGGCCGGGCCGCGCCGCUGGACCCGCCGCUUGCCGUGGUUCCCGCUCUGGGGAUGGCAGAAAGAGCGCUGUCAGUGCAAGUACUUUAAAAAAAAAAAAAAAAAAAGUUUUGCAUGUACUGUGGGAGACGAGUUUAAUAUCUUAAAAGUAACAGGUAGGAUAAGUCGUGCUGCUGCUCUGACUGCGGGCAGCUGGCUCUGUUAGAGGUAGGCUGUUACACUUACUGUGUAACCAUUUAUUCUCCCUUUUAUUCCCUCUACGUUCAGAUGCACAGAUAAAAAAAAAACUCAGAUUGCCUUUGACUCUCCAGCCUGCAUUCUUCAGAGGCAUCUCACCUUUCGGCUGGUAAUACAUGCAACAUGUAUUCAAUGAUAGCACUUUUUUUCUCUGCAUGCCCUUUCAUUUAGGGCAGUGUAGCCUCUAUGCUUUGGUGUUUUAUACUGUAUUUUCCAUGGAUACGCCUGUUGCAGGCAGUUAAAGGAUUAUCUGGACUUUCUGUCCUACCUUCAUCAGGAUUACCUUAGUGGGUGUCUGCUUUUAAGACUGUCACACUGAUGGCCUGGUUUGAAGGUCUGUGGACUUAACCAGUUUGGAUGGACCUUAGCUAAAAUGGUGGAUCUUUCAAACUACAGCUGCAGAAUUCUGAGUUUUUAAAAAAGAGAGGAAUAAAUCUCUGGAAACGGCAAUUCUGCCAACAAUUUAUUUUUCUUCUAAAAGGGUAGCUUUGUAAAUGAGAAGUUCUUCCUACCAUGCGCUCAUUCUUCUCUCUCUUACUGCAAGUAUCAAAUGGAAUUACAAGUGUGUUAGGUUUCUUUUUUUGUUUUUGAACUUGCAUGUAAAUAAAACAGGCAACCAACUGAUUUAUAAAAUGGAAUUUUACUGCUUUAAAUUUGACCAAGGAAGCAUAGUAAACGUGCCUCCGUGUAUGUUUUAAACCUUAAAAACCAACAAGCUGUAUAUAUGUAUUUUCACCAUCACUUCCGUGGUAUUGUGUUUGCUUCAAAAAUAUGCCAUCUGUCAUGAACACAAGGUGCAUGAGUAUAUUUGCAGGUAAUUCUGGCCUCACUGAAGUCAAGAAGAGUUUUGACAUUGCCUGGAGUUGAACUGUGAUCUUCAGAAACAGACCUUCUAGGAGAAGCUGCAGAUAUUUGAAGAGUAGGCAAACCUGAUAUGUAAAAAUGGUUCUUGGGGACAGCCAAGGAAAAGCAUCAUUUUUACCUACUGUUGUAACUCAGAACAAGUUAGGCAAGGUUAAUUACAGCAUAAUAGGGUUUAAUUUAGCUGGGAAUGAGGGUAUGGAGGCUGCUAGCAGUGUUUCUCAAACUGUGAGGCUGGCCUCCUUAGGCAAGCUUACACAAGCCCAAGGCAAAUGGAAAAACACACUUUGUCUGGGACUUGGCAAAGGUAAAACCCCCACAUCUAUUAAUGAUGAUUCCUCAUUUGCCAAGGCAAAAAUUGAAAUGCUCUCCCAAGGAAAAGAUUAACGACCUGUCCCACUUAAGGGUCUGAUGAUUCAAUACCAUUCUGUCUGGGUUCUAAUAUAUGGCACUCAUUAUCACAGCCUCUGAGCACCUCCCAAAUAUUUAAAAAGAAAUAACGCUAGUGUUCUGCACACACAGUUCUCAUUAAUUUCAGUGGGUGUUGUGAAUGUUUAAACACGGCAGAGCAGAGCCCUGAAGAGUUGAAAAUAGACUUGCAAAACACACUGUGGGUUAGAUCCACAGCUGGCUUGAAUCGGCACAGCCCUGUUAACUUGAGUGGAGUUAGUGAUUUACACCAGCUGGGGUUUUACCCAGUGUUUUUCUCUCCUGCCCCAUCUCCAGUUGGUAAGUCUGAACCUCUCAGCUGGCUGUAUCCAAACUUAAGUGGGAAUAUGAACUGUACAAAGUAGGGUUUCCUGUUUCUAGGGAAUCCUCUUUGCACAGCUCAAGAUGAUGUAAGUGUUGGUUUUUUUCCUAUGUUUUUAGAAAGAAACCUGUUUGAUGGGGGUGAGAAGAAGGUUUUUGUUUUUUUUUUUAAGGAUAGUGUCAUUCUGGAAGAGCAAACCUGUGGGGUGGUUCUGUUUACACAAAGACCUUGGAUGUUCCUCUACUGGGUUGUCCAUGUUAAGACAAACCUCUGCUACUGAUUACUUACAGAAACUGAUGUUUCAGUAUAAUCCAUGGCUAAAACUGGGGAGCCUCACAACAUUAAGGGACUGUCUCUUUUAUGUGUGUUUUAUUCUGUGACAUUUAAAGGUAUGGAAUCGUGUUGAUUUCUGACCAUUGUGUUUCCUCUCAGACUGGAUGAACUCCUGAUGACAGGCUUCUAGUUUUCAUAAGCUGGCAGUAAGCCAUGCGAUUGAACAAACAAACAAACAAAAAUCCCCAACAAAUACGCAGUGAAAACCUCUGGGCAAACAGCCCUUCCUUGUGAUAUUGUCUAAGCUAAGCAAAAGCCUGAGGGGAUGAAGGGAGGAGACUUUUCCGCUAAACUUAGUAAAAUGCUGCCCCGCAGUUGCAGAGCGUGUCUUUAGCUCUUACUAUUAACAUCUCAGACAAUAUUCCAGUUUGUUAUCACUGGAAUCUUGGCCUUUGGAUAAUUUUUUUUUUUUUUUACACUCCCUUUUUAAAUGAAUAGCAAAGGUAUUAUGGCUAGACUGGAAGCAGAGGUGUAUUAAACCUGGUUCUGGACUAACUCCUGGCCUAAGGAGGCCUUUCUCAUUGUCUGCUCUGCCCAAGAACAGGAAGUAGAAGCACAUUCCUCCCUCCCCACCCUUUUCUGUAGGCUGCUUAAUGCUUUGGCAUCACCUUGUAGUUUCAGUAUACACAAAUACAUUGGAUGGGAUGCAGAUUGGUCAUGGAUUCAGGUGGCAACACCUAGUAAAAUACGCAUUCAAAUCAAAUUCACAUUUGAAUUAAGAAAGGUGUGUUUCAUGUUGCUCUUUCUUUGUCAUCUACUGAAUAAUAACCCUCUGCGUAGGAGCAAUCUAGAUACCAGUGCCUCUCAUCUAUUGAGUAAUGCUGUAAUCAGGGUGUCCUGAACAUCAUGCUUGGGCUCUUGAAGAAGAGACAGUUGCAUCUCUAGAAGACCUUAAAAAUAACAGUUCAAAGCUAUUUUAUGAAAAGUUAAAAAAAAAAAAAAGUAUUUCUAGACAUCAGUAGUCAACAUUCACAGAGGGUUUAUGCUUAGCUUCGGGGAUGGUACUUGCGAUGUUCACACAAUAAUUUCCAUGCCAAGAGACCUGACUGCCUCCACUUUGAGCAUCAGAAAUUCUUAGGCCUUAUCUGACUGUUUGCUUUAUUGACCUAAGGGGGAAGAACCGGCUUACCUACUGCUGGCAGCUUCUGAUCCCACAGACAUGAAUUAAUGUCCAUACUUUCAGCCUGCAUAAAUUGGUGUAUUGUCUUCUGUUUCCAUGUAGCUGUACCAGUUUACCCCAACUGAGGCACGAGCCUUGAAAUUAUUUCUCCCUGAAAGUGAUUUUAUGCUCAAAAACUAUGAUGGAGAAUGCAGAUAAAUUUUGAGAAAUGUAUUUUCCAAAUACAGUUAAUUGUCCAUAUCAGCAGUAACAGCAUCCCUAUGAGAUAAAUGGGGUGACAAAGUCUGUGCUUGAUUACAAUGAAGGCAUGUGGGGUUUUUUUGCUAGCUGAUUUGUUUCUGGUUCCCUUCUUUGACAGAAAUUUAUCUGACAACCUGUGAUUUUAGAAUUUGCAUGACUUUCAUUUUAAAGGUGUUUAUAGUGUCCAGCAACUUAUAUAUUGGUAGCUGAUGAGUGCUGGUAAUCACCCCACUAACUAGUUUUUGUUCUAUCUGUCUGAUACAGAGAUCAGUGAUUUACAUCUCCCUUUAGUUUGCAUGGCUUCAUGUAAUCUUUCUGAUGUUCUCAGACAGACCCAGCUCUCAGAUAAUGAUUUUUACUGGUGUCUGGGAAUACCAGUAAAUGAAAGCAUUAAUUCCUACAAGCAUGGCUGGCGAGUUUGUUGUGUCUCCUGUUCGAGCUUGUUUCUUUGCCUUCUUUUUGGUGACAGAUUUGGGUCCCGGGGGUGGCAGUGUAGUGGUGUUUGAAGCUGGAGUAGUGUGCUGCCAGUUUACCUUUUAUUAGGCACUUGGAUAUGAUUCACUUGAAAAAACAUAAAUACCUAGUUGAACUAACUUUAAGGUUAGUGCAGACAAAUGACCAUUCUCGGGUGUGAUUCGUCUCAAUGUGGAUGGCUCAAGUAAGUGAGACUCAUUCUAACCUAAAAGUAACUGUUUCUCUUAGUUUGAUAGAAAGUGGAGCAGUGUCACUAAACCAGGCAUGAGACUUACACGUUGUGGACUGUGAUGACUUUAACCCCCUUGUGAGUGUCCCUGCAGUCUUAGUCCAAUACAAACCCUCUAGUUAGACGUAGCUGCUCUGCUCCAUUGGUUAGAUCCAUUCCGUUCCUCAGCUGCUAGGUUUAUGUGAAUCACCUUUUUGCUUGCUUCCUGGAGUGCAGUGGGAAGCAAUUUUUAGAACAACAGGCACUAAAAUUAGAAAUAAUUCAGUGACACUUUUAUAGUAGCCGCAUGCAGGAGUACUUGUUCCGUAGUAGUUUAACGUUCACAGUAUCAUAAAACAGCUGUAGAGCUGUUUUUGGUGUCAAGAUGAAAUAAAUUUAUAAUAAAGUUUAGUUACCACAUUUCAUGAGUCUUACACAGAACUAUUUUUGCCGUUAGCUUUUUUCCUGACUCCGUAAGAAAUCAGGACUGGGAGAACUGGCCUCAAACCAAAAGCCCCAACUGUUUUUUUUUUUGGUGUGGGGUUUUGUUUGCUUAUUUUUUUCUCUGGAACAUUGUACACAGUUGAUCUGGAUUGAUACCCAAAGUGUAAUGUAUUAGCCUUUCUUUUGUUUUAGGCAGUUUUAGUCUGUUCUAGCAAAUGUCAUCUUUUCUGGGUCUUGCAGCAGAGCCAACCUUAUGAACCUGUUCAAUGUCAAUGGUUCGUUAAUUGCUCUGGUAUUUUCAUCCUGAGUACCUUGUUGGGUAGUUUUGUUCCUUGUUGGCUUGUUUUGUUAGAUGUUUUGUGCCCCAAAGGCUCCAGCUUCAGGUUUCAUGUGCUUUAAGGAUAACAGGAUCUUUAUUUAAGACAGUUCAUAGCUUUCAUUAUGGCAGAAGUGUUUGAAAUAGUAAUCUGACAACACAGAAAUGCUCAGAAACUGAUAAACAAAUGGGUUCAAAGCCAUUUUUACUCUCAUUUUUGUUAUAGGAUGGGGAUAAAUGAUUCAUUAUGUCCUCCUUUUUUUCUUCAUUUUCUUAAUGCUUGUAAUUGGCAAUAUUGCAUUGCAAUAAGCUCCUAAAGAUGUUCUCUAUUAAUAUUACAACAUCCAAACAGAAGGCCAAAUCUUUUAUCUUUCAUAUGGGCUUCAAACCAGGAAAACACCAGUUACUUGUGUACACCGAUGGAAGAGAAUAAACAAACAGAAGAUACUAAAACUGCUACAAUGAUCUGUGUGUUUGUCACUUCAGGUAAAACCAGAGAUUCCCGAUCCCAAAUGCUGUCUGGCCCAACCUGUGUUUUGCUGAUCUUAUUACCAGGUCAGAAGGCUCGUGAAGCUCAGUUGGUGCUUGGAGAAGUUACUUUUGGUGGGCUGUUGAGAAGGCAGUUUAAAUUCUGGCAGCAAGAGAUCUGGAAAGAGGUUCCCUUGUCACCUCUGUUGCCUGAGGAGCUAGAAUUCAUAAGCACCUGGCUUCAGGCAAGAGAGGAUCUGGAGUAGGAAGAAGUGGCUCUUUUCACCAUAGCCUUUCUCUUUGCAGUGUCUUGUGCCUCCUCCUGUAUCCUUCCUCUCAGAAUAAGCCCCUGCCUGUGGAGUAUGCUGAGUUUUGUGGAUCAUGUUCCUGGACACCUUAAUCUCUACCAUGGAUGGGUAGGAUCUAAAAUGUGAUUUAGAAUUGGAAGGAGAAGGUCUGACAGGAUUUUUAUUCCAGCUUGAUCCAUCCACUCUCAUUGCAGCUUGCAUGUAAACUUGCCUCAUCAGGCCAUGCUUACCCUGCCGCAUUCAUGCUGCUUGAUGUCACCUCAGCAGGGUUGUGCAGGUGUCUUUGGGGACCACUGUUGGCUUCCUAUUUCAGCAGUGCUUUGCCAAAUAGUGAAGGUCAAAGUGGUGGCAUCCCAGGCUCCCUCUAACCAGAUUCAGAUGUAAAAUUGUAAAAGGCAAUUUUGUGCUCGUGUCAAAUUAAAGAAUAGUGUUUUAUUGUUUUCAUAGACUCAAAGUUUAUAAGGCCAGAAGAGGAUAUUCACAUGACACUAAUUUUAGGUGGCAUGUGUGAGAGGCUUAUCUUCCCAGACCUCUCCAAAGGGAGGACAGAGGACUGUAGUGCAGCUCCUGGACAGAAUCCCCUUUGCUAUAGAGAAAGUGUAAAAGACAGGCUUAAAUCAAGUGCACAUCAGGAGGCAGUGUGAAUGUCUUCCAUUGGGAUAAACUAGUUCCCUGUCUUGCAUAACGCUGCUAAUAGGAUGUCCCUGGAAUAUUUAUGGUUUGGAGUGAAACACAUCUUUUGCAAAGACAUGUGAUCCAAUUGAAAAAAUAAGGCAAUUUCCAGACUCUCUAAAAUAAACAGGAGAUUCAUCACGUAUAAUAAUCACAUCCUCCCUCCCUAUUUUUCUUUCCCUAGUAAAUACAAACAUAUUUUUCCUGGCUCUUCUUAUGCAUUCCAUUUUGUAAUAAGGGUUUGAACUAAAAACAGAGUGACCAUGCUACUUUAAAAACAGGCGCUGGAUUUUUAUGUUUGUGCAGUCUGUAUAUUAAACAUCUAAUAUCCCAGAAGAGGCCAGCAACUUGCAAAGUCAUGCCUUUCCAGCCUCAAAGCCUAAAUUUAGCUUCAAAAUCCAUAUUUAGACUUAAUUGUAAGUGGUCUAGAAAGUCAACAUGUAAGAUACUGCAUAUUUCAGCCUGUCAGCAUCCAGGAAUGUGGGCGUUGCCAGUGUUCACUUGCUGUCCCGUACUCAUCACAUCAGGGCUGGUGUCAGUCUGAACCCAUGCUGCUGUCACUUCAGAUGCGAUUUAGUGACCCUGUAGUGAUCAGCGAACGGAGUUGCUAUCACAGAAGUUUCAGCUUGUGGAUAUGGCUCCAUGAAUUGAUGAAUUAUUAUUGUUACUUAUUGAUCAAUAAAAACAAAUAUAGAAUGUGUUUGCAUAAAACUGUAUUUCUUUGACAGAGAGAGAGAUAACUGACCUGGUUUCAGGCAGCUUCCUACUGAGAGCACGUAUCGAUAAUCUUCCAUGUACCAUGAAUUCCAGAAAUAACAGGUUAAGACUGUAUUUAUCUUUUUAUAUAGUGUCUCUUGAGAAAUGUUCUGAAUAUAAUAGUAAUAGAAAAGUUGUUGCCCAUCUUCCCUUAAGAGCUGACUUUUCAGCACGGCUAAGCAUUGUACAAGAUAGGUCCUUUACUGCUGGUAGCAAGUAAAACAGUGCUCUGUCCUGGGACAGAAGAUCGUACGAGCAGACACCUCUGGGACCUGCGUGCCUGUAACUGUUCUGCCACAUUUAGCUAUACCAGCGCUAAUAUAACUCGGGCAGUUAAGAAAAAAUAGUGCUAUGAACUGACAUAAUUGUAACAGCAAACCAUCCACUCCUGUGCCUCUCCUUCUCAUGUGUGAGUUGUUAGUUAAAAAAAAAGAAAAAAGCAAAAGGCCAUUUGGCGGCAGCAUGUGCCAUGUCACCCUAUGUGUCCAAGCUGUAGAGGGUACAGGACUGUUGAAGUCCCAGUGGCUUAGGCUCUAAGCCUGGUGGCUUAGCUCUUUCAUUUGGGUGCUUUCAAUCACAACUUUUGGGUCACUGGUGUUGACAAAAUGGAAACUAUCAAUCAUCUUUGCAAAGAUAAGUUCAAGCAGUAUAGCUGAAGAUUUUUCUACUGCUGUCACCAUUGCUAUAGCUGUGAAAUUGAUUUCUGAGGGGUUGGGAGUCUGCGGUGAGUAUGUGCAACCUUGGAUAAACUGGGGUUAUUCCUGACUGUGUACUGGAAACCGAGCAAGAACUAUUAAGGGGCUGAAAAUAAUAGACUAUUGUGGGGCCAGAAGAGCAGCUGUGUUGCCGGAGGAGCUGGGAGCUCUUGCUGCUCAUGAAGUAGAGAAAUGGUGGAGUGGUGGUGGAUGGAUGGGGGAUCUCGCUGCAGGAUCAGCGCGGUGGGGCGCUGGGCUAGGAGAGCAGCCAGCCAGUGUGUUACUGUGCUGUACUAAGGUCACACUUCUGGGUGGGUUUGAGAAAAGAGGUGAGUUGAAAUGAAGGCAAGAAGGGGAUGGGUGCCCAGGUGGGGGAAGGAGAAAGAUUAGGAUGAAUGUAUUAGGAAAAGGGUAGAAAAGAGAGUGGUUUAGGUAUUUAUUUACUUUGGGGUCUUUUUCAGUGAAGUUUUGACUCCUUAGCUCUUUCCCGAUGGGACAUCUACCUCUGUGUGGGAAUGCUACUUUUUCAGGCCUUUUUAAAUCUUCCUUUGCCCACUCUGUUUCCCUCUCUUUUCCCUCAUGUCUCCUUUCAUCUUCAUGCAUCUUCUUCCUGACUGCAUUUCCAAAAUCCUGUUUCACUCUGACCUCUUCCUCCAGUCCCAGCUGCCAGAAGGGUCAUCAGAGGAGAAAGUAACCUAUGCUGCUCAAGGCUGUUGCUGGUUUUUCCAGACAACUGCUUACUUUGCCAGCAGCCAGAGCUGGUCCUGCUCUUCAUCACCUCCAUGUCUGUUGCCAGCUGGUGCAGGAUGGCCCAGAGAUACAAAUGAAAGAACACUGGCUGUCAGCACCCUGACACUGGUUCAGCCCUUCAUCCUUUCUAUCCUAGGAGGGAGAAUAUACAACAGACAGACGAACUUCAGCACAAAAGUUGAAUAGCUUGAGAAGAAGGCUUACUGAAGAAGACCAAUUGAUGAAUUGCAGGACAAGGCAUUGGAUGAGCUGAGAGGAGACCCAAGAAGAGACCACACUGAGCUCACUGGUGCACGUUUUCUGACUUUGUUCAGAAAGUCCCGUUUGCUGCCCAGAGUGCUCACAGCCCCGGGAGAGGGUUUUCCAGACGUCCAGAGUCACUCCACUGACGUGAGGAGGAGGAAGAGCAUGACGCUCGGUUAAUCCCAGUUUGUGCCCCUGCAACGGAAUGGCAAUUUGCUCGUGGCAUCCUGUGGACCGCUGCUGCAGUGAGCAGCGUGAGGCUGCGACCUUCUUUAAGGCACAGAUUUCAGUGAGGCUGUCAGAAGUCUUGUGCCGUCCUUCUUCCCCGCUGUGGACCGCGUUGCGUGACAGUAGCCCUAAACCUGGAGCCGGAUAUUUCCAACCCUAAACUAUGGCUUUUCAAAAAUCGCCCGAUGCUUCCAACGCCACGAGGAAAAACCCCAGCCUGCUGGAGAUAGGAGCCUUGUGCUUGGACUCGGAGAUCAUCUUCGGCUUCACCAGCCACCUCCUGCGGAGGAAAGCCAAGGUGGCGGAGGGGAGCGCGGCGCGGGAGCUCUCCCCGCGGAAGAGGCCGCCGGCCGCCGCCGAGGAGGAGCGCUGCGCCAGCCGCCCGCCGCCCGAGGGAGCGGGGGCCGCCGCGGGGGCCGAGCCGCGGCCGGUGGAGCGGGCGGCGGCCGGGGGCUGGUGCCGGAGCUGCCAGGCCCAGCUGGCCGAGCUGAGGAGGCAGGCGGCGAGGCUGGCCGGGGGCGGCUGCCCGCCCAACGCCCCGCCGGACCCACGAUUAUCAGCUUUAAUUUUUGACAAGCUUCAAGUGCCUGACUAUUUACAGAAAAACAGGAAUGAAGGAGAGAGCAGAUGCGAAACUUGUGCCACCCACUUGAAUCAGCUGAAGCAGGAAGCCAUUCAGAUGAUGCACACCCUCAAUCAAACCAGCUACCCAGAACUGCCCGACCUCCCGCCCGGCGCCGGUGCAGUGACCAGCAUGGUGCCCAGGAUGGUCGCUGUCUCUUCCCAGAGAGACCUGCCGCUCGUUGCUGGGCAGGUGGGCAAGCAGCCUGGAAAGUCGCCGAAUCUCUUCUCUGGGGCAGAGAGGAAGAAGGGACUUGGGUGGUCUCAAGGCGCGGGCAGCUUUCCGAACUCCAGCGUUCAAGUCACGGUGGCCCCCAGCGGUCUCAGCGGCGCUCUGAGCUCGGUCACCAUCCAAGCUCAGCAAUACCUCGAGGGCAUGUGGAGUAUCUCCAGGGUGAACAGCUUCCUGCCUCAGGCUUGUCUAGCAGAAACAGCACCAGAAAGUGGCCGAGAUGGUCCCAGUGUUCAGGUCAGCUCAGGGCAGAACAGCUCCGACCCGGUGGGAGCAGGCGGCUCGGCAGCCUGCCAGAGCAUGGUUGCUCCAGCCGGGGUCUCGGCAGGUACCUCGGCUGCGGCUUCAUUCUUCAUAAGAGCAGCACAGAAGCUUAACCUGUCUUCGAAGAGAAAGAAAUACCAUCCGCCCCUGCCACACACACACGACUUCUCUAUUUAUGCUACUAAUUUUAGUGGCAUCCUGCAGCUCUGUCCUCCCCCAGCACCACCAUGCCUUCUGAGAGCUGUGUCCAAAAUCAAGGACAACCCUGGCAUUGGAAAGGUGAAAGUGAUGGUAAGGAUUUGUCCCUCUCAAGGAACACAUGAAACAUCCGAAUCCAUGUCCUUCCUAAAGGUAGACCCACGAAAAAAGCAAAUCACGUUUUAUGAUCCAGCAGCAAGCGGGCCGUCCAAUGCAGGUCACAGAAGAGGUGUUGUUGCUGUCCCAAAGAUGUUUGCCUUUGAUGCAGUUUUCCCCCAGGAUGCUUCACAGGCUGAGGUAUGCUCUGGAACAGUAGCAGAAGUAAUCCAGUCUGUUGUGAAUGGUGCAGAUGGUUGCAUAUUUUGCUUUGGUCAUGUCAAGCUUGGAAAAUCUUUUACCAUGAUUGGGAAAGAUAACUCCACACAAAGCCUUGGUAUCAUCCCCUGUGCAAUUUCUUGGCUCUUCAAAUUAAUCAAUGAACGUAAAGAAAAAACUGGUACUCGUUUCUCUAUUAGAGUAUCUGCUGUGGAGAUCAGUGGCAAAGAUGAAAACCUUAAGGAUUUGUUAGCUGAAGUAGCCACUGGCAGCCUUCAGGAUGGCCAGUCUCCCGGGGUUUAUCUGAGAGAAGAUCCAAUAUGUGGAACCCAGCUUCAAAACCAAAGUGAGCUAAGGGCCCCGACAGCAGAGAAAGCUGCCUUUUUCCUGGAUGCUGCAAUUGCUGCCAGAAGUACCAGCAAACCUGAAUGCGAGGAAGAAGAUAGGAGGAAUUCACAUAUGCUUUUUACUCUUCACAUAUACCAGUAUCGCAUGGAGAAGAGUGGCAAAGGAGGAAUGUCUGGAGGACGCAGCCGUUUGCAUCUCAUUGAUCUAGGGAGCUGUGAAAAAGUGCUGAGCAAGAGCCGAGACGGAGGAGGCUCUCUGUGUCUGUCUCUCUCUGCCCUGGGCAAUGUAAUUUUGGCCUUAAUUAAUGGUGCUAAGCAUGUGCCGUAUAAGGACAACAAGUUGACAAUGUUGUUGAGGGAAUCACUUGGGAACAUCAACUGCAGAACUACUAUGAUUGCACAUAUUUCUGACUCCCCAGCCAAUUAUGCAGAAACUCUCACCACCAUUCAGCUUGCAUCGCGAAUCCACCGAAUGAGAAAGAAGAAAUCCAAGUAUGCCUCAAGCUCAUCUGGAGGAGAGAGUUCCUGUGAAGAAGGGCAUGUCCGAAGACCGCCCCAUUUGCGACCGUUCCACCCACGAACUGUUGCCCUUGACCCCGACCUUCCUGUCCUCAGUAUAUCUAGUGACCCUGAUUAUUCCUCCAGCAGUGAACAGUCUUGUGAUACUGUCAUCUAUGUUGGUCCCAAUGGCGCAGCUUUGUCUGACAGGGAAUUGACAGAUAAUGAAGGUCCUCCAGAGUUUGUUCCCAUAAUCCCAUCCCUAAACAAGAAGAGAAGUAAAGACAAUUCUGCUAUUGGUAGGAGUUCUGACAAGGACCACUUCAAAUGCAACACGUUUGCUGAACUGCAAGAAAGGUUAGAGUGCAUUGAUGGAAGUGAGGAACCCAUCAAAUUUGCUUGUGGAGAGAUCUCUGUUGUGUCCAAUUGUAGUUCAGUCCCUGGAGGUACAGAAAAUACACAGUCUAAGCUGAUAAAGGAAAAAACAUCUUCUCCUUCUGGAGGAUUUAAGAAACCAAUUCCACAAGAAACUGCAUCUCCCAAAAAAGGACAUAACCUUCCUUUCCAGGCUGUUGCACCGAGGGGUGGCAACAACAAUUGUCACGAAAAGAGCACACCUCACUUGAAAACAGAGCUUUCCAAGCCCCAGAGCAGACCUGACAACAAAAUAAUAGACUCGAUACUGGAGGGAGAGAGACAGACAAUCAUCGAUUCCCUGCAGUCCUCAAGGUGUAGCCCUUCAAGGAAUCCGGAGCAGAAUAAGGCCACAGCUGAAUGUGUCUUUAAGGAAAAGUCCCUGUACGUGAAGAGACCCUUGCCGAGCCCAGCACCUCCACCUCCACAGCAGAAAGAGCAUGUACCGAGCUCCAAAGCUGAGAAUUUGGAGCUGGACAAUAGCAAUGAAGUUCGGACUCCUCCUGUGGGAAUGAGCAAGCAGAUGGGAAACAAAUCUAAGCAAAACCCUGUAGGAAGCACGUUCCUGGUUGGUAGCAAUGCCCAGAGUCAGUCAGGUGCAAUAGAGGUACACAGCUUCAGGUCAGCAUUCAGAGGGAAAUGUUUUGAUCGGGAUAUACUAACCACCACAGUGACUUUGCAGCAGCCUGUUGAGCUGAAUGGAGAGGAUGAGCUUGUUUUCACUGUGGUGGAAGAACUGUCCAUUAGCGGGAUUAUGGAUAAUGGAAGACCUUCCAGUAUCAUUAGCUUUAACAGCGACUGCUCCCUUCAGGCCCUUGCAUCAGGUUCAAGGCCAGUCAGUAUUAUCAGCAGCAUAAAUGAUGAGUUUGAUGCUUAUACCUCACAGGAGACUUCUACUGGUGUAAAUAUUGAUAUCGUUGUGCCCUUUGCUAAAGAUCCCUUUACCAGCAGCAGACGUUCCUCCAUCAGUUCGUGGCUUAGUGAAGUCAGUAUCUGUACUAUUGAAAGUGAUGGAGCCCAGUCCAGUGACAGUUUUGUCGCACAGUCAUCUUAUAGCUGUAAUAAGUCCGAGGAACCCUUCAACUUGGAUUCAUCCCAUUUAUCUGUCCCCCUGAAAAGCGCUCUGAAUGACAGUGGAUUUUGCUUCUCUGAACUGGAGAGUGAGAGCUUGAGUUCCAGCAAGCUGUCCUCAGGCCUCAGCAAAAGCCCUCAAACCUCUGAAACUACCAAAGCAUCUCAGAUAAAAAGUGCUUUUUGUGUCACUGAUCAACCCAUAAAAAUAAAAUUUAGUAAUUCUCGUGAUACGCCUGUAAUAGAAACAAUACAUUCUAGUCUUCCUAGGAAAACAAAAACUACCUCGUCUCCAAUCCACAAUAAUACUGUCCUCAGCUAUAAAGAGCUGCAGAAUCCGCAUGGUAUAUUUGAGGAUCCCUGGCUGUUGCGCACUGAUUAUCAGUUGGAAGCAAAACCUGCAGAUGCACUACUGUCUCCAAAAUCUCAUGCAUUUGGUACUGAGAAGCAGUCAGGAAAAGCUGCCCAGUAUUUUGGCGCAGCAUCCAGGCCAACGAAGUCACAGACUAUGCUCGCCUGUUCACAGAGGGUUGUGGAUGGUUGCGAAAUGGCCUGCAAAUCCUCCAGCGGAGCUGCAAAGAAGUCAGAAGUUGCGAUGAAGAUGCCACAGCUGAAGAGAGGAGCCACCACGCUGGGAGUGAUGCCAGUGUCGCAUGCUAACAGUACUUUGUCAGAGGCAAUGACCCGAGGGAAUUCAGAUGCUCCCUUGACCACUGGCAGCUUGAAAUCAUCUCUGGGAAAGAAGAGCGCACCACAGAAGGCAACCAUGUUGCCCAGGCCAGGUGGACCAACACCUCCAACACCUCCUGUACGCAAAUCAAGCCUGGAGCAGAAACCUGUUGGUCUGGGUAACGGUGGGGGAAAAGCCUCCAGCCUGGACUUUGCCAGAGCUGCCACACCAAAGGCUGAAGACGAAGCAGAUUUGCGGUUGAAAGUUGGGUCUUACUUCAGUGAAAGUGCCAGCAGCAAAAUGAACCUGAAGGGCGACCACUCUUUGCCCAAGAUGACGUCCAGCUUAAAGGCGAAGUCAUCGAAGAGCGAAGCUGUACACCGUUACGGGAGCCACAUGUCCCUGGAGAGGUGCGACAGCCUGACGUCAGUCGGAUCCAAAGCGAGCAUGGCGAGAGAGAAUGGGAGCACCAGCAACAGCCGGGCAGGGCGCUCCGUCCCCAGGCUGGGGGUCCCUCCUGUUGCCUCUGGUGUGGGUUUACCACCGCCCUUCACCGCCCCUGCGCCCGGCAAAAACAGCCAGACAAAACCCACAGCUAACCAGAAGGUGCAAGCGAACGGGAAUAAAAACCGGGGCCUCUCUGCCAGCGGGUCAAAGUCUCUCAGUUCCUCUGUGAAGUCCCUGGCGCAGCCCGUGGGGAAGGGCUCUGGCAUGGCCCCCGGCGGGAAGGCGGCCCCCCGCUCCGUGCAGCCUGUCAGUGGCAAACCCGGCCGAGGGACCAUCAUGGGGACCAAGCAGGCCAUGAGGGCAGCCAACAGCCGUGUGAAUGAGCUGGUGUCGGGCGGCUCGGCCAAGGUGGGCCAUUUCCGAGGCUCCACCGACUCCGACAGCGGCAACGACAGCGGCAUUAACCUCAGCGAUGAGAAGUCGCAAAUCCCGGUGCUGCCGUCGCCGUACAGCAAGAUAACGGCACCCCGGCGGCCUCAGCGGUACAGCAGCGGGCACGGCAGCGACAACAGCAGCGUCCUAAGUGGGGAGCUGCCGCCGGCCAUGGGGCGGACGGCUCUGUUUUACCACAGUGGGGGCAGCAGCGGCUACGAGAGCAUGAUUCGGGACAGUGAGGCCACUGGCAGCGCCUCCUCGGCGCAUGACUCCAUGAGCGAAAGCGGGAUGUCAUCGCCGGGCCGGAUGAGGAGCCUCAAGUCCCCCAAGAAACGCUCAACAGGCCUCCAGCGUCGUAGACUGAUUCCUGCUCCGUUGCCAGAUGCUGCCUCCCUAGGAAGAAAACCCAGCGUCACUGGCCAAUGGGUUGAUCUACCACCUUUGCCAGGCACUUUAAAAGAGCCAUUUGAAAUUAAAGUUUAUGAGAUUGAUGAUGUGGAACGAUUACAGCGACACAGACAAGAGGAAACUGAGGGUCUGAUGUAUUUCCAUACCAAGCUGAAGAUACUAGAAAGGCGCCAGCAGCGAAUCAGAGAAGUAAAGGCAAAGCAUGAAUUCUUGAAGGAAGAGUUGGAAGAGACAAAGUGCAGGCUGAUGAUGGAUCCAAACAAGUGGAAAGAAGACUUUGAAGUGGAUCCUGAUCUUGAUAAGGAGUCACAGGAGUACCUGGAGGCACUGGAACAAGUGACAGAGGAACUGGAGCAGUGUGUUAAUCUGUGCAAGUCACAUAUCAUGAUAGUGACUUGUUUUGAUAUUGGAAUAACAGAUACGCAAGAUGGAGUAAGGGAAGUGGAGGUCUGAAGAGAGGUUUUUCAAGGGACUGAAGGAAGUGAAGCUGGAUCGUCCGACAUGAAGAAGUAAAGAGAUAAAGUAGCUGGGAAGUGAAGGAGGAAAGGUGAUGACUAAAAAGCAACAAUGAGUGUUGUGAGAGAAGGAAACAGCUGAGGGAUGGGAAUGUUCAUAAUUCAUUUGGUGCCUCAACGUGACCUGAACUGUACAAAGAUAGGAUCAAGUAUUGCUUCUACCAGAGGGAAGCGAAUAAAUUUAUUACAAACCAAGAUGUUAAUUGACAAACAAAUAUACAAUGGAAGUGCCUUUAAAAUUAAUUUGGUUUUCAUUUUUGUAUUUGGUGCUAGAAUUAAAGCCAGCAAACCUAAGCAGACCACAAAAUGUAUUCCUACGAAAUAUUUUAUACUGUAUAGUGUAUUUAUGACUAUAUGUAAAAAACAAACAACAUUGUAGCAAAAGCAAUAAGUAAAUUAUGUUUUCAUACCUGAACUUGCCUUCUUGUUUCAUGGAAAAGCUGUUUUAUGUAGCAGAAUUAAAAUUGUAUUAUAAUUGUUUUCUUGGUUAGGGUUCAAGAUAUUUUUAUGAACAUUUAUCUAUUGAAAAGGUGUAUUAUGGCAUUUUGAGAUGAUUGUUUUACCUUCAGGCUUUGUAUUAUUACUUUUUCAGAUCAAAAUAAAUGUUUGUUUUCCAUUUUAUAUAUACAUAUAUAGAUAUAUAUUAACUGCUUACCUAUUUCCUUGGUUACUAACCUCGCUUAUUACAGACCUGGUCUUUUUGGAGUCGUAAACUUAAUGUGAGGAAGUCUACAAAGGGCACUGUGGUUUGUUUUGGUUUUCUUUUUUCCUCUCUGACUGCAGGAAUUGAGAAUUAUGUUUAUUACCAAAACCAUAAAACAAACAAAAAAAAAAGGAACAAAAAGUUUUUGUAAAUGUUAAGUUAGGUCCAUAUUUUUAUAUAGUUUUGACUAUAAAUAUAGCAUUUGCAUUUUGAACUUUUAAGACAAAUAGUAUAUCUUUUUACAGUUUUUCUAAGGAAGGCAAACCCUCAGGAUCAAGUUUAUACAUGCUGCAUGAGAUUUGUGCUUUUUUGAAGGAGGCCACUUAAGUGUGGAAACUAUUGAUAAAUUGUUGCCAAACAAAUACUUUUGAAAAGGUUUAAUAGUGUAUGUAAUACCACAUUUCAUAAUGAAUCAUAUUUUCUAAUCAUCUUCCUUUUUAUGGUUUUUUCAAAUCCUUUGUACAAAUAUGUAUUAUAACAGCUUGCUUCAGUUUUUAUCUGUGAAUAAAAGAUACAUUUAUUGUUA